CUCGCGCGCUCUCGCUCUGAUCUGAAGUUGAUGCCUGGAGGACGGAGUUCUACAGAAUUUAGUUCAUCGCUUCUGUCAGGUGAUGGAGAAUGGGGCGGAGGUGGAGGACACAGAGGCUCUGUGGGAAUCAGUGGAGAAUAACAGGAACCUCCUGAGUCGCUACAUCUCCCCUGGGAAACUGACUCCCUACCUGCGCCAAUGCAAGGUCUUGGAUGAACAGGAUGAGGAUGAGGUGUUAAACUCCCCCCUGCUGGCAUCUAAGGUCAACCGCGCAGGUCGUCUGCUAGACAUCCUUCAUGGCAAAGGAGAGCGCGGCUAUGUGGUGUUUCUGGAAAGUCUGGAGUUCUACUACCCAGACCUCUAUAAGCUGGUCACAGGCAAUGAACCCACCAGGAGAUUCUCCACUAUAGUUGUGGAAGAGGGACAUGAAGGGUUAACCCAGUUCCUGAUGAAUGAGGUUAUUAAGCUGCAGAAGAUAGCCAAGGCUAAAGACGUCCAGAGAGUGGACAUCAUCGGCAAACAUCGCACCCUAGAGGACGAACACAAGAAACUACGCCUGGCCAAUCAGGAGCUGUCAGCCUUCCAGCAAAGAUAUAACAAGAUGAAGGAGGAGAGGAAUAACUAUAAUGAUGAGCUGUUGAGGGUGAAGGAUGAGAACUAUAAACUAGCAAUGAGGUACGCAACCCUCAGUGAGGAGAAGAACAUGGCUGUGAUGAGGAGCAGAGACCUGCAGCUGGAGAUUGACCAGCUGAAACACAGACUCAACAAGCUGGAAGAGGAAUGUAAAAUGGAAAGAAGACAGAGUCUAAAACUCAAAAACGACAUUGAGAACCGCCCAAGAAAAGAACAGUUCCAUGAACUGGAGAGAGAGAAUGAGGUUCUGAAGAUCAAACUACAGGAACUACAGUCUAUCGUACAGCCAGGGCCCCUGCCUGCUUCUGACAAGGCAAUCGUGGACAUUCUGGAACAUGACAGACAGGAGGCACUGGAGGACCGUCAGGAUCUGGUGAACCGACUCUACAACCUACAUGAAGAAAUGAGACAGGCCGAGGAGUUACGAGACAAGUACCUGCAGGAGAAAGAGGAUCUGGAGUUAAAGAGCUCGACCCUGCAGAAGGACUGUGAGAUGUACAGAAACCGCAUGAAUACCAUCACCAUCCAGUUAGAAGAAGUGGAGAAGGAGAGAGAUCAGGCAUUCCGGUCCAGAGAUGAAGCACAACAUCAUUUCUCACAGGGUCUGGUUGAUAAAGACAAAUACAGGAAACAGAUCAGAGAGUUGGAGGAGAAGAGUGAUGAGUUGCAAAUAGAGAUUGUUCGUAAAGAGGCAAAGAUCGUCACUCUGGAAUCUCGGCUCCGAAGGCUGUCUAAAGAUACUGCUCUAUACCAGAGCCUACCCAGAGACAUUCCCCCAACCAUCAUCUCACAGGGGAUGGGGGAGGAGCCUAAAUCAAUUGGCCAGUCAGAUGGUUCCAGUGACGAGUCACCGGAAGAGAAGUUUUUCCUUCAAGAACCACGACUAAAGAGACGACACAACCUAAAAGGAGUGAUGACUAGAGUGAAAUCUCCAGUCUCCACCCCCAAAGUUCUGGAUCUGCCAGUCAACACAGAUGACGUCCUCCCUGCAGGAAGCGGAGGAGAGUCUCCAGAUGGGAUGUCAGACAGCCACUUCAGCAGCACCUGUCCAGCCUCACCCCACCUCCCUACCUCCUUCUCCACCCACCCCCCUCUCUCCCCCAACACAGAACUGCCCAGCCAAACUACCAUUGCGCGUAGCCGUAACUGCAGCAUAAUGUCUACGGUACCUGAGCCUCCAGGAAAUGCAUCACUGGUCCGCCGUACGAAAGAGGGAGAGACAGACUUCCACCCCCGCAGCAUUUAUGAUUUUGACUGUGAGAGUGUAGACAACAUGGACUAUAUUAAGGAAGCUGAGACAGAUGAGGAAGUGAGUUGUGGUCCUCCCUCACUCCACUCCUCCUCCUCCUCCUAUCAAUCAGAAUGUCUAGACUCCUACGACCUGGAGACAGUCAACAACAUCUUCAGAAAACUGUCACUUGACAGGCCUUUCCGUCCAUCUCUCUCCUCCUUCUCGAGGGUCAGCUGUUCUCUACGACCGGUUCAGGAGCUUACGUUGAUCGGCGACCAGCUUCUGGCUGAUGCCACACUGGUUGGCGGGAACGACAGUGGAAUCUUUGUAUCAAAUGUCCUAUCAGGGUCCGGAGCUGAAAAGGCAGGGCUACGGGAGGGCUACCAGCUCCUGUUGCUUGAGGGAUGUAUCCGUGGGGAAAACCAGAGCGUUUCAUUGGACACCUGCACCCAGGAAGAGGCCCAUUGGACAUUGCAGCAUUGCUCGGGACCAAUACAACUGCACUACCGAGCCAAUUUUGAUGGAUACCGGAGACUGCAGAAGGAUCUGUCGGACCACAAAGUGACAUCAGGAGACUCCUUCUACAUCAGAAUCAACCUUAACAUUUCCAGCCAGGCAGAUUCAUGCUCUCUGAAUGUACUAUGUGAUGAGGUGGUCCAUGUCCUGAACACAAUGCACCAGGGAAAGGGGGAGUGGCUAUGUUCUCGGGUCGACCCCUACUCUGGAACCGACCUACAGGAGAGAGGCACAAUCCCCUCCUACGCACGGGCCCAGCAGCUGCUCCUGGUGAAGUUCCAAAAGCUGAUGUGUCGAAGGGGAAGAGAGGAGAAUGACAGUCUGCGCAACAUUAUGAGCACCUUACCAGAAGAGUCCAGCUCCUCCACAGACCCCAAAUCCAGUCCUCGGAUAUCCAGAGCCAGUGUCUUCAUCACUCAGAUACUGCAGUUUGUCAGCAGGGUGGAUAAUAAGUAUAAGCGUAUGAACAGCAGUGAGCGUGUCCGCAUCGUAAGCUCUGGAAACCCAGCUUUGCCUAGACCAGGAUUUGAAACCCUACGGCCAGAUGAGUGUAUUGAUCCAGACAGUGAUGUGAGUCGGAGUGUCAGUCUGGUCCCGUACAGCCCAGUUUCCCCCCAGCGUGUUCAGAGGAAGCGUCCAGUUAUCUUCAGUCCACCCAGCCUGGCUCGGACCAUCAUACAAAGGAUACUCAACAUGGGCGGAGCCAUGGACUUCAACAUCUGCAAACCAGAUGUUGUGACCAAAGAAGAGUACCUGAUAAGACAGAGUGUGGAGACCAUCAUCUCUUACAGAGAGAAACAAGGCAACACCUAUGAGGUUAUCACACCCGAGAACAUAGAGGCUGUUGCUGCAAAGGGUAAGCACUGUCUGUUGGAGGCCGAUGUGAGCUGUGUUAAAGACCUGCUGAGAAGAGAGAUCUACCCCAUCAUCAUUCACAUCAAGAUAUGUGAAAAGAACAUCAAGAAGCUUAGGAAGAUGCCCCUGCGUGUGGAGUCAGAGGAGGAGCUAAUAAGAACGUGUCGAAGCAGAGAGAGGGAGCUGGAGAGCAUUCCAUGCCUCUAUUUGUUUCUGGAACCUGAGGCAUGGGCAGGGCCUGAGGACCUCAUAAGAGUGGUAAAAGAAAAAAUUUUGGAAGAACAGAAGAAGACUGUCUGGGUGGAGCAAGACUUACUGUAACAUACACAGUAAACCCCAAAACCUUUUUAACUUAAAUGUGUCUAGUAAUGUCAAUAUGAAGUUAUUAGUAUUCAAAUAUUUCUGGUAAUCAGUCAAAACUUAAUGAAAAGUUACAUUAGCUUAACUUUAACUUUUUUUCUGUAUUCUCAACUGCAAGUAGAAUUUGGGGAGUUGUUUAUAAAGUAUUUUGCAGGUAAUCUUUUGCUACUCAACAAAAUAAAUAACAUACAUUUUUUUCUAAGCUUUUCUGAUUGUUCUAUUUUAUCUCAUGCAGCUGAUUUUGAAAUGGGGUUAGACAAUCUACAGGUAGUAAUAGGGUUCGGAUAUGUGUUAAGGGUAGAGUUAGGAUUAGUAGAUAGUUGACAGCUUACUACUGUACUUGUCUGUAGUUAGUCUUAUGAGCAUCUAGACUUUUCAGAUUCUCCAAAUAAAGUUUUGAAGAGUCUUAGCCCUUGUUCACUCUUAAAGAUUAUUUACAGGAUUUUUGGCAUAAGAUGUGUGCCGAAGUGUGCGCUGGUGGACUGGAGAGGGAGAAACCAAGUAUGGUACUUGACCAGAAUGUUAGAUUAGACAAAUCAUAUUUGGAUAAGUGUUUUCAGAGUAGGAGAAAGAGAGAAAGUGAAUUAAU